GCCCACCCCUAAUAAAUGCCGGGGCGGGGGUCUCUCCUCUCCUCCCAAGUCCCAACCCAACAAACAAACAGCGACGGAGAAAUUAUUUUCUAUUUUUUUGUUUUUGUUUCCGGUUCGCAUCCGCAUCGCGGUCGCAGUGGUGGUGUGCCGGCGGCGGUGGAAGAGGAAGAGGAAGACGAAGAAGCAGCAGCCAGCAGCAGGUCUCUGCUACACACUACACUCAAGAGAGCGAGAGGCAUGGAACACUACUCGACCAAGUUCAGCAAUGGAGGAGGGAGACUAGUAGACCCCAUGCCCGACCGAAGGUCAAGAUUUUGGCAGAUGGAUUCCCAACCCACCGAGCUCAUCUGUCCCAUGCCUCGCCGCCCGUCACCCCGCCCUCCUUUCCUAUCCGACUCCAUCAACAGGCUGUACACUUGGAUGCAAUGCAUUCCUUCCAACAAAGGAGCUGAGGCUCACCAAAAUUUAUGCACAUAUGGACAUUACCGGUGUACAGAGCUGACUCUGCUUCUGAUGUCCUCGACCUCAUCCUCAAAUGACCCUGAUGUUGAUACUGAUUCGAGCACCCAGGUGGGCUUUUUCUGUGGCUCACCUCCUGUGCGCGCUAACAACCCCAUUGUCCAUGAUCCACAGUUUGGUAAAAACAUACCUUCCUUUUCUCCUUUAGGGAGUUCUUUCGGCAAAAAGUCUGCUGGAAGAGCUGAAGUAGGUUCUCCAUCUUGCGGGGCAAGCAGCCCAAAAGUUAGAAUUGAAGGUUUUGCUUGUGGGAACAAGGAGCCCCACUGUGCAGUCACCUUUGCCUGAGCAUUCUCAUUGACCCUAACGCUAUCCUGCCACCAAAACUUGUAAAUUUUCCGUGUGCUGAGGAGGGCAUAAAUUAGUUUAUUUUGGGCUUCUUUUUGUCGAGUUGAGUUGGCAUUGCCCUUCUGAUUGUGGCUUUUGAAACUGCACAAUCGCAGAGAGCUUUCGGAUGUACAUAAAUGAGGUCUCCCGUCUGUAGCUAUAUCAUCUUGUGUGUGUACAAAAGGUAGUAACAUCCAGGUCCAUGGUGUCGGUCAGUCUGUAAAUAUGUGUCGGUCAGUCUGUAAAUACUGUAGUGUACUGGCAUGUAAGAUGCAAUCAAUCGAUCAAUUAAUGUGAAAAAUCCUCAUUAGUCUGCUCGUGCCCA